AUGAAGGCAACAAUCUUGGCUGUAUUGCUUUGCUGUGCCAUUUUGGGUACCAUUCUUCUUCCAACAGCUGAAGCUCAGUUUGGCAGAGGAGGAUACGGAGGAUUUGGCAGAGGAGGCUACGGAGGAUUUGGCAGAGGAGGAUACGGCGGAUUUGGCAGAGGAGGAUACGGAGGAUUUGGCAGAGGAGGAUACGGAGGAUUUGGCAGAGGAGGAUAUGGCAGAGGAUAUAGAGGAUAA